AACUGAAGACAACAGAGACAAAGCAGGAACCAUCACGUUGUCCUCUCCUCAUUAAUGAGACGCAUUCUGCUUCACUAUAACUACAUAUUGUGAUUUGCCACAGUUCGUUGACCUGCGACAUCUGCAGCAUGGCAGUGAACUGCACGCGGGCGCCGCAUGCCUUUGGAGGUGCCCCCCAGCCCGCCGUGAUGCCAGUGGACCUGGCCAUGUGCCUGAGCCUCAGCCAGCGCCAGCCUCUCUACCAGCUGCUGCUCGCGCCCCCCCUGGAACCCGCCCCCCGCUGUGCUCCGCUGAGGCCCGGUCCCUUCGCCCCGCGUCACUCCUCCUCCUCGUCUCUGGCCUCGCCGCUGCCCUCGUCCCCUCUGGCCUUCGAGCCUCGCAGGGACAGCGGCGGCGUGAAGAAGCAUGUGGUCUUUGCCGAUGCCAAAGGACUCCCUCUCGCGGUCGUGCACUAUUUCACUCCCGAGCACGCGCUGACCUCCUCCACGCUGGAGAGGACGUCCUCCGCUGCCAAACCACAGGACCUGAAGUCCAACCCAAACAAACCGCAGCGCCACAAGUUCCGACUGGCGUUCCCUCAGCCGUCCCUGGACCUGAAGGCCUUCCUGGGCCGCCUGAGGGACACGCACGUCCAGCUGGAGAGCUGCAGCGUCUCUGAGCACUCCCUCAGCGGCAGAGUGUGCGUGUCCCAUGUCAGUAAUGAGAAGGCCGUGCUCGUGAGAGUGACCUUUGACUCCUGGCGGAGCCACCGUGACAUUCCCUGCAUGUUUCUGCAAAAGCUGCACUUGGCAGGUUCUGACUUGGAUGUUUAUUCAUUUGACCUGAACUUACCGCAGAACCUCGAGCCGAAGGAGCGCUUCGAGUUCUGUGUGUCCCUGAGGCCGGGGGUCGGUGCAACGCCCCACUGGGACGACAACAGAGGACUCAACUACCGCGUGCGCGUGGAGAGAAAGGGAUCGCACAUCAACCGCGGGGACGCUAGCCGCUAUUACAGCACACUAUCGAAGCCCCGAUCCUGGUCCUCACAACUUCAGAACAAUGCAGAUCUGCAGUGUUUUCAGAGGACCUUGUCAAACAGAGGGAAAACUGAUUGGAGCAACUACCAGAGGAAUUAUCCUCUGAAUUCACAGCAGCAGAUUUAAGAAGAUGUCAAUAUUGUGAAUACUUUGAUGAACAAAUAUUUAAGAGUUUAAUGUGAUGUAUGAACCUUCCCUGCUGAAAUGUGAAUAAAUGAGUUUGCACCAA